CCAGUAUCCCGUUAACCAAGGACGGUGGAGUGGAACAAAAGGCCCAUGACUUUGCUGUGCAUGGUCUUAUAUCGGCUUGCCGAGCUGUGAGCUGGGUGAAGCAGACUGUGAAGCAGUACGAGGCUUGGACAUGUCACGAGAGAUAUGACGGGGUGUGUCCUAGGGCAGGUACUCACAUGGGACGGGGAGUUACAUACGAUCUGAGAUCUCCAAGAGUAGCAUCCGGCAGCCCAAUAGAUGUCCGAGGAAGAGGGUAUGCAGACUCACUGUUGCUGCUGUGUUUCAGGGGUUCUCCUCACCUUUCUCGGAAUUUCGCUGCUUUCCACAGGCAUCUCUAUGGUCCUGGAUUAUGGCGCCUUCGACGUGAGCUCUCUGCCCUCGGGCUGGCAGAGCUCCGAUGGGCAGCGGAAUCUCGGUAUUAUUCUGAUCUUUGCAGCUGUUCUGUCUCUCACCAUCAGUGUGGUGGCCAGUGUGCUGUUCUUUACCAGUUGUUACAAGGGUCGCACAGGGUCACAUGACAGCGAGACGGGAGCCAAGGGACCUAACCCCGUAGAGGAAUCGCCAUCAAAGCUAAGUGUUGUGGUAACUGUGGCAAAACCCUCUGAUACGACAUCGACUAGGUCGUCACAUCGCCGCAGCAAAGGGAAGCAUGGCAGGAAAAAAUCACGAAAGCAGGCCCUCGUUCAGUUGGAGACUCACCACGAGAGUAUAGAGGAACACUAUGAUUACCCGCAAGGCAGAGACACUCGCAGCGCUAAAAGACGCUCCGCCAAUUCCGCGCAUUUACGAGAAACACAGAAGCUAGAAUCUGGCUGCGCCGUACUACCUGAUCACAUGGACGGCGGGUCAGACGCGGUCAAACCUGUCACUAAUCUACCCCCUUUACUCAUAGCUUCUGCACCGGAGGAGUUCUCCAUCAAUGAUGCUGACAAUACUAGCUUAGCCAAAUUCAACGAACCGGAAGUGUUUCGGUUAAGUCCAGAGAGAAUGUCCAGUGAGGGCAGUGUGUCUAUCAUUGCCUCCAGCAGUACUGAAGACACUGUCCGUCCAUGGCCCAGUCCGCGCGAUACUGCACAGCAGGAAACGUUUGACAGAGAACUGUCUGAUAUCCUCAAGUGAGUCAGUUUCCAUGUCCCCUGUUCAAACCUGGAAGUUCUGGACCAAGCAAUCUGUGAUAAUAUGGACGCCAUGCGUCUGUCUCCGACCAAGUGUGAUCUCACCACAUCCAUAUCCCAAACAAGGUGCUAAAACAAACAAGUAAAACGUCUGUAAAACCGGCCUGACUAAAUUGUACCUUUUUGUAGGAAGUUUAUAGGAAUAUGGAUUUGGCUAGUCGCCGGUCGGUAGAUCGCCAUAACCCAUCGAUUGUCCCUUAUACAUGCUUCAUUUACGAAUUAAUCGAUAUGCGAAUUGGCCAAUCUUAUGCAAUGGUUCUUGAAAAAAAACACAUGUCCUUGUCACUGGCAUGCGAAACAUUUUGGACAUGCAUUGGAAGGCCGAGUAAAAUUCCACACGUCAUGCCAAAGCAAUUUGUAAAGUUGCGGGGGAUUACAUUCAGCUGUAAAUUUAGCUUGAUUUUCCGUUACCGGUGACUGCGAAGUGCCCGUAUAUAUACGGGCUUUGAAAUAUACCACUCCUGAUACCACUCCUGUUUGACAAGAUCAUAAUUUUACGACCAAAAGCUGAACGGUUAUGUAGUUCAGUUUGUUGACUGCUUGUAUACUACGCACAGCUGAUUUUACAUAGGUUUAAGAUCAGUUAUUAAUUAUUAAUAUUUGGUACAAGUUGUUAGUAUUCUUGAAUUUAUUUCCUUUUUUGUGAUCGCCAACUUCGUCGUUAAAAUUUGAUAAACAGGGUACUGGAUGAUCUCCUUGUGGUCUUUUAUUGUCUACGCCUUUCCGUAUGACGUAUGUGGGCAAUUAUUGGUUGUAAUACAUGUGUUCAGCGUUUUGAACCUGUUUCAGUCACGCUAUGUAAACAAGUAAAGAAAGAAAACUGUCUAGCGAGUUAGAUCUUAUACAUUUAGACACAUGCAAAGGGCAACCCCACAAUGCUGCUCACUCCGGUGUCACGUGAUACAACGAGGUCGUCGCCAAAUCGAUGAAGACAUGCUCACGCCCGCACCGACAGCGCACAGAAUGGCCCGGAAGCGAUAAACGUUGUCCAGGGAUACCAAAUGUAAACAGUACUGUAUAGCUGAAAACACAAGCAGUCACAAAAAUUAUUUUACGUUCCAUUUCUCAGAUUAGACAGUGGUUUGUACAAAAGAUCAGAUUAAUCUAUAAAUCUCCAUUGGUGAUACUAUUCAGGUAUGAAGUGUGGUUUCUAUAUGUAUCUCUAAAGAAACGGGCUAUUUUGUUUUUUCCUUUUUUGUUUUUGUUUCUUUGUUUUUGUUUUCAAAGAACUUUCACACAUUACAUGUCUGCAUACACCAGCACUAAACGAACCAGUUCUUAUCAACAAUAUGUCAUUUAUGCGCAAGUCUGUCUAAUAUGUAUAUCCGGAUAGUUCUAUAGGCAGUCAUUCAGGAUUUUAUUCAGGCAACUAAUUCGUACGGCUUACUGCACUGUUAAUUAGUCACACAGAGCAUUAUUCAUUUUACGAAAACAUAUUGCCUUUACAACAAUAAACAAUUUACAACACUAAACACAUAAGUUGUUAUAGUAGUUACAGAGUAAAGAAGAGACACUGAUCAGUUUAAUCUAUGCCAUUCUGGUAUUUAUUUCAAUGCAUUUUUAAUUACCGGUACCCUUUUGGAGUGUCGAAACUCCACGAUAGUUUUAAUUCUAUCAACGUUCAAUUCUGCAGUUCCUGUUUAGCAUGUGGACAAACUUGUUGAUACACGUCUUAAUGUUUUGUUUCGAUCAUUCAGUGGUUUAAAUAUGUCGGUAGCCAUUGUUUCGCUGUAGUGACCUCAGUAAAAUAUUUAGCUGUGCACAUUCAGCUAAAAUUACAUGUCCAGUAUUGUUUUGGUGGGGAAAAAAGACGGUGAGAGCUGUCGCCCUUUAUGACCGCAGUUGUUUGUUCUGUGCAGUCUUACCAAAUGAGACCUAGGAUUUUACCAAAUUCCUAUAACCUACACCAAAGAUCACAACAACCCCGCUGACUUACAUUUAUUAACUGUACUUGAACUCUUUAUCAAUGUCAAAUGUCAAAAGCUUAAUAAAUUAAACGAUACGCAAUUUUCAGAUGGUUAUUCAACGUGGAGUACUUAUUUGUAGUGGAUGUUUAUUUGUUCACGUGCAAACGUGUUUACUGCACUCGUACAGGACCCCGGGCUAAAGUAUUGCUCGAAGAUUGCAUUUCUAGGGUAGUCGUAUAUAGGGUAACGCUCAACCACUGUUAAUAUGUAACAAAGUUGUCAUUUUCAUAUGUGAUAAUUAUAUUUUUUGAGCACAUUUUAUUUUACCAUCGUUUUCUAGGUCUUGUGGAUAGAAUAGCAUUGCUCAUCAAAUAUACUGCUGUUAUGUACAUGUACAAUGAAAAUAUUUGUCACUGAGUUUUACUCGUUAUAUCAUUAAUUUGACAGUGUUCAAUGUGAGCCAGUGUGAUAACGAAACAAAUGAACAAAUCGUUAGUCCCAAUAGGCCUGCUGAUGUUUUUUUUUUCUCAUCUCUAUUUUGGAGUUCUUUUUGAGAGUACCUUGUUUUAUUUUUCCUUGUGAAUCAAAAUCGCAGAAUACUUUCUAUCAGUGUAAGCGUGUGUAAAAUGUGCUCGUAUUGCUGAAGGUGUCAUGGCAGUUUCCGGAGACGUUUAAAGAGUUCUAUAAUGUCAAUGCAAAAUAUGUAUUUAUUAAUUCUACUUUUUACAGUAUUUCGGUGAUACAGCUAUAUGUGAUAUCUCAUCCGUCCACAUGAAUUAAUUGUUUUUUCACAGUAAUGAUGUUUCAUAAAAUAUAUAUUCCCGAGUUUAGUAAACAAACUGCUUUGUAUCGAACAUGGGAUUACGAUAUUCCAAGUAUCUACUAGUAUUUACUGAUAGAUGUUGGUAUAUAGGAUCACAGUUUCCUGUGCAUAUUGAUAAUCAAAUUAGCUUUGCUUCUUAUUUAUUUGCUGUCGGUUAGACCACCAUUGAUCUGUCAGCUAGUAAAUUUCAGAUGCUUAUACAUGCUUAAAGAAAAUCUUGAAUAUGUCUACGCAAAUAAUAAAAGAUUACGAAGAACGUCUUUGUUAUAAUGUAAUGUUAUUUCAUAUUUUUGUAGAUGAUUGCAUCUCUUUUGAGUUUUUAAAGUUGUUUAUUUGUUUUGCUUUUUAUUUGACUUCUUUCUGUGGCCUAAU